CCUUUGGGAAGCAUCCUUUGGUUCUUUAGAAUAUAUUUUUUAUUUUUUUUCUGCUUCAUUUUUUCAAGCCUUGGGAACGCUCAAGACGAUUGUCUGAAAAAAAAAAAAAAUAUAAAAGAGGGAGGAGACAAUUAAGCGUUGCUGAAAUCCACUUCCUCUCCUUUCCUGCAUGUUUGCUUCUUUUCAAAUCGUUUAAAUAUUCAGUUUUAAAUAAUGGCACCACCACAGAUUUCAGAGCAAUCUUUCCUCGACAGUCUUGACCUGCUCUCUGCAUCUCCCAUGACAAACGCCCAGCAUGCUCGUCGCUAUUCUCAGUCUCAGUUACUUUCAGCGACUGGGAAGAAGGAUUCAUUAACGGUACCCUAUCAUCGAAGAGGCAGAUCAAACUCAAUUUCAGUGGUUCCUGGAUCGUCGUUAGCAGCCCAUAUCCUAGCCACUGUCAAUACUACUUUUCAAAACACUAAAAAGAGUGCAGACAAUGAUGAUAGCAACGGCAGUCUCUCACAACAAGUCUUGGACUAUGUCGAUGGCCAAGUCCACGACACGUGGGAAGUCGCCAAGGCUUUGAUGCUCGGCUCCACAAGAUUACUCUUACUAGAGGAAUUACCCAAAGAUCGUCAGGAGAACCAGUAUGUUCUUUCUGGGUAUCGCUUUUAUCGCUCUUCUAGGGAGUGUUUGAAAUCUCUCUUCAAGAUACACAACGAAACGCUCAACAUUUGGAGUCAUUUGCUCGGCUUUUUUUUCUUUUCUUACUUGUCGAUUUAUGCUUUCAAGACCAAUUUUCCUGAAGCAUCCUCACGAGAUAUCGCCAUCUUUUCGGCAUUCUGUAUCUCGUCCUUAACCUGUCUUUUAUGCUCUUCCAUCUAUCACACAUUUAUCUGCCAUUCAGCACGCCAUAUCAAAAGCUUCACGGCCACCCUCGACUAUAUCGGUAUCACUUUUCUGAUUACAGCUUCCAUUUCGAUCGUCAUUCACUUUGGCUUCUACUGUGACCCUAUUCCCAAACACCGUUACAUGAUUUUCAGUGGACUCAUUGGUAGCAUUGGCAUCAUUCUACCUUUCUUUCGAUUCUUUGAUACCAAAAGAUACCGACCCCUUCGUAUCGGUCUCUUUGUCGCCAUGGCUUUCUCUAGCGUCGUUCCCCUUUUGCAUUUGAUGACCGUCAAGGGCGUUUUAGUGACAGCGGCUUUUCUCAAACCUGCUCUCGUGAGUGCGCUAAUGUAUAUUUGCGGCGUGGUGAUUUAUGGCAAACGAUUCCCAGAAAAGUUCUUCCCUGGUAAAUUCGAUGCUGCUGGUAUGACAAGUCAUGCUAUAUGGCAUCUAUUCGUUUGUCUCGGUAUCUUUUUCCAUUACUUGGGUUCUUUUCACUUUUAUAAAUUACGCGAAGAAUUUGGCUGUAUGUUUGCUCCUACCGAAUGAACAACAAGAACCCUUCACAGUCUAUUUUUCUCACACAUACCCUCAUCAUGUCACCUAUCUCUUUUUAUCUCAAAUCCUCAACUGCU